GUGGUCAAAGCAGGGCCGGUCUGUCCAAACUGGAGGCAAAAUUAUCAUGAGGUUAAGAAACACAACACUCUACAUUUCAUCAGUGAGAACGUACGAUGAAGGACAUUACACAUGCGCAGCUUCCAACACACUGGGUCACGAUCAGAAAACCAUGACUCUUCAGGUUGCUGUGAAACCUGUCAUUGUUUCCUUCGUUGCAUCACUCACUGUCUCAGAGGGAUCACCUGUUAGUCUCCCUUGUCGAGCUGUUGGAGAUUUUCCUGUCAAAUACUCUUGGAUUAGAACUACGUCGAUACAAAAUUCACAAGAACAGUCUGGUUCAAACUCUCCGGUCUCACUCCCACAACAGAUACACAUUGAUG